AGAGCGAUAACCCCAGAAACCAGGUGAUGCUAAGUGCUAAUUGCAAAAUGUCAGCCACUAUCACAGAGACUGUUACGCCUCUAAAAGUCGUGGCCACCAGCCAGGCGUUGAAGGUCGACGGAACAGACCCCAAGUAUGGGGAUUGGAGAGACGACUUGGUCCGUGACGGAUUUGCAGUGAUCAAAGGGGCAAUUCCGAAGGAGCGAGCAGAGAAGUAUGCCGAUGCCAUGUUCGGCUGGCUCGAAGGCUUCAAUCUCGGCUUUGACAGGAACGAUCUCUCUACCGUUCACAAAGACAAGCUGCCGCACAUCACCGAAAAGGGCAUGUGUCUCCAAUACGCUGUCACGCACGAAGACUUCGCGUGGGCCAUUCGCGGCGAGCCAGGAGUCGUUGGAGCCUUUGAGAAGGUCUACGAUACCGAGGACCUGAUCGUAUCAUUCGAUGCCAUCAAUUUCAGCUUUCCAAACCGCAAAGACAUCCCAGAGAACAAGCCGUGGCCACAUCAAGACCAAGAUCCUCUGAAGCCUGGCUUCCGCUGUCUGCAAGGACUCGUGAAUCUGUUGCCCAACGGUCCAGACGAUGGAGGGCUCAUUGUCUGCAAGGGCGGCCAUCUCGCUUCAGAAGAAUUCCAUCGUGUCCACAUCGAUGAGCCACGAAUUCCUGCAUGGACCCCAGAGUGGUUCGGCUUCACAGAAAGAGGCAUGAAAUGGCUCGAUGAUCAAGGCUACAAGUGGGAGAAGGUGUGCGCCGAGCCAGGUGACCUGCUCGUCUGGGACUCGAGGACACCACACUACAACCUUCCUUCCAGCUCAUCGCAGCCUCGAUUCGCUGUGUACACUUGCUACAUGCCAGUCGCAGAUGCCACGCAGGAAGACUUGGUGAGGAAGAAGGAUGCGUUCGAGAGAUUCGUGGGAACUACGCAUUGGCCGAAUGCGAGGCAUGUGGGAUCGAAUAUGGCGAAGAGAGAUGGGGAAGACGAUCCUCAUUCGAGAUUCGAGCCUCUGAACAAGCCAGUGUUGGAUGAGCGGACGUUCAAGCUGACCGGCAUUCCGUAUAUCAAGGCAUAGUCGCUGGCGCACAUCUUGAUGUAACUUCAGUCGCUCUUUCAGUCAAUCAGACUUUCGGUGCUUCUAAGAAUUAACGAUCGUUCAAGUUCCAUUCUGCUUGUUAGUAUACCAG